AUGUUGAACGUGCACAAAUUAUGGCUAUUUACGAGUAUGUGUGUUGUUGUUGUUGUCAUUCUAUAUUUCCAGUCGGAAAUAGCGCGACUGGAGGACGUGUAUCGCAAACUGGAGUUCAGAGUGUUGCAGUCGCAUUCCGAGGCCCGUCAAUACACGACGAGGGAACCGCCGAGAGAUGACGACAACCUAGUAGUUAUUUAUAAUAGAGUUCCUAAGACUGGCUCCACGAGUUUCGUCGGCGUAGCUUAUGAUUUAUGUAAGAAGAAUCAUUUCAAAGUGCUGCACAUCAAUAUAACGGCCAACAUGCACGUCAUGUCGCUCAGUAAUCAGUACAGAUUUGCUCAGAAUGUUACCAAGUGGCAGGAGGUGAAGCCCGCCUUAUAUCAUGGUCAUAUGGCAUUCCUUAACUUUGAAAGAUUGGGAACUAACUCGAGGCCUAUCUUCAUCAAUUUAAUCAGGAAGCCGCUGGACAGGCUUGUGUCUUAUUAUUAUUUUCUACGACACGGUGAUAACUUCAGGCCGCAUCUAGUGAGGAAGAAACAUGGGGAUAAAAUGACAUUUGAUGAGUGUGUAGAGAAGGGUCAAGCUGACUGUGAUCCCAGUAACAUGUGGCUGCAGGUGCCGUUCUUCUGUGGACAUGCCGCGGAGUGCUGGCGUCCGGGUAGUUCGUGGGCGCUGCAGCAAGCGAAGCACAAUCUAGUGCAGCACUACCUAGUCGUAGGUCUGACUGAGGAUAUGCUGGCCUUCAUCAGCGUACUAGAAGCGAGCCUACCGAGAAUGUUCAAAGGAGCAACCGAUCACUAUCGGAGCAGCAACCGCUCACACUUACGGCAGACCAGCGCCAAGAUAGAACCAUCACAACGAACCAUAGACAAGAUACAACAAUCACUUAUAUGGAAAAUGGAGAACGAAUUAUAUGAGUUCGCGUCCGAACACUUCAAGUUCGUCAAGAAGAAACUACUAAAGGAAGCAAAUAGUGUACCUCAAGUGUUCUUCUACGAGAAAAUACGACCGAAAUGA